AUGGGCAUCCUGGUCGGGUCCGCAGUCGGGCCAAUCUGUUACACAGCAGCCUGGGGACGCUUGACGGCCUGGGCGGUUAUAUUGGGUUGCUGGUUUGGGGCCAUACUAGGCAUUGUCAUAUGGCUAGUUUACGCGGGCAUUCUGGCCUACAGCGGAGUGGACCUUUUUAUCAACUGUACUGGUCUCAUUGAAGUGAUGCUUGUUGGGAAUUGCAUUUCGAUCAGUUCAGGCUUCAUCAUCCCUGUUUUAGUAACAUUAAUGCAGACCCGAAACUAUUCAACAGUAAUGCGACAGCCAGAGGCGGCUUGGGAUGGAACCAGAGAAGUAGAAAAUCCUCUUCAUCCUUGGCCAGAACUUUUCGUCAAAGAACUGCGUAUCGUAAAUCCGGAACGUCUCGACGACGGUCGUCCAAAUCUAUUCGACGUGCAACGCACCUUCCGAUUUCCAAUUAAAGUGGCAACUGUUGGCAGUAUCUCUCUGUCUGUUGUGCUGGUAAUUGUCUGGCCAGCCUUAGCCAGCACAACACCCAACUUUUCGUAUGAAUCUUUUGCUGCCUGGGUACAUUAA